UUUCGUGUGGUUUUAGCACGGGACACUGUUUAUUUUUAGGCAGGUAGUCGGGCGGCUGUGUCCCUUUUCAGAGAAAGAAUAAAUACGAUACAGAAAAAAAGGACAACGUCUUUCAAGGUUGAAAUCCCUUUGGGGAAAAAGGGUCAGCCAAGAUGGCGAUGAAUUCGGGUGUAAAGGCUCUUCUGAGCUGGGUCAACAACUUAAAACUGUCUGAGCGUGAAUUGACUGUCGACGAUUUACAAGAUGGGACAGUUUUACUGAAAGUUGUUUAUAUGCUGAAAAAGGAACCCAACUCCUGUGUCAGUAAUACUAUCGAGGAUCGAUUCCAGCUCAUUGCAGACUUUGUGGAAAGGGAUUGCAGAUUUAAUGCAGCCAAAGGCACUUCAUUAUCUUGGGACAACAUAAAAGAUGGGAUACAUCUCACAGUAGAAAUUGCGAAGGUGCUUUUGUUGCUUGUGUACCACGAUUUAAUGAAUGACCCCUGCACUCUGAACAUGAUUGAAUCUAAUUCGGAGCAAGAGAUAGCAAACUUAACUGGUUCCUAUGUAAUGGAGAGUGACGGCUGCGUUUAUCUGAACAAAGGACUUGAUGCCUAUUUAGCAAGAAGAUAUAUGUCUUUUUCCCGUGAAAUAUUUGAGCGAUCAGCAACCGUCUCUACUUCCAAUGUGUCGACUAUGUCCUCGUUGUCCGAUGACGACUCCCCUGUCUUCCACCGCAGACAGAAAAUCUCAUUUAUGGACUUGCAAACUGUGGCUUCUUCUUCAACCAGCAACUCUCCUCUGCAGGAUAUCAUGAACACGCCUACAUUUCUGCUGAGGAAGAUGCAACGACAGAUGAUCAAGGAGAGAGACUACAAAGAUGGGUUGGAGCGGGAGCUGGCCAGCAGACUUGCACUCAGUGCACAAAGAGAGUCCCAUAUUUGCCAGUUGCAGUACCGCAUGGAAAAGCUGAAGGAAGCAAAUGGUGAUCAUGAAAAUGUUACUGGGGAUCAAAUCAAUGAGCUUCUGACCAAGAACAACACGUUACAAAUGCGUCUUAAUGAGAUAUUAAAGGUAAAUAAAGACCUCAAGGGUAACACCUCACUCAUGGAACACAAAGUUGAUGAGCUGGCGGAAGAAAAUGGUGUACUGUCAUCCCAGGUGAGAACCGUGUGUUCACAGCUUGCCAUCUUUGAGACAAAAGUUGGCAGGCUGACCGAAACACAAGCAUCAUCUCAGGCGGAGUGGACAACUGAAAGAGGCCAACUGCAGUCUGAACUUAACCAAGCUACCGCUCAAAAGGAGCUUCUGACUGAACAAAUUCAAAUUCUGCAGGGAAAGAUUUCCUGUUUGGAGGACGUUAUAAACAUGGCCACUAAGGAAGAAGUAGGAGAAAAUAUGGGACCUAUAAUGGAGAGAGAAAUGUUGGACAAUGAAAUCAUUGGUUUGAAGAGUGAGUUGGAAAGCACAUUUGGCUUCCUACAAAAAGCUGAGGUUGAAAUCCAGUCCAAAACACAGCAGCUUGAAGAAUACCAACAAGAAAUUAAUCAACAUAAAGAUCUCCUGAGGCAACAGGAAUCCCAAACUACAGAAAUUAUUCAAGCCAAAGAUGAAAUUAUAGAACAAUUGCAAAAACAAAUCACUGAGCAGAGAGCAGUCCUGCAGCAUGAGAUCCAAGAUCUCAAGAUUCAACUGGAGCAAGUUGAGCAGCAGAAAACCGAGCAGAUGACCAGACUACAACAGCAUAUAACUGCUUGUGAACAAGAAAUCGAAAAACUAAAGGAAAUUAAGAAAGAGAAGGAAGGCCUUCUUUACCAGACUGAAGAAAAUGUAAAAGAUCUGGACACAAAGUUAUUAGCUGCCAGUUCCCUUUUGGCUGAUAAAGACCAACAACUUAACACUCUCAGAGAAGAAGUUGACAUUCUUACAGAUGAAACCAUGAACAACAAAAAUAAAAUUCAAGCCAAAGAGGAAAAGCUUGCCAAAUUACUUCUUGAGAAGUCUAAUGAGCAACACAUUUUUCAAAAAGAAAUCCAGGCCCUUAACGUCCGAGUGGAAGACCUUAGUUCAUCUCUCAAACAGGCUGAACAGGAAAUUAGACUUAAGCAGGAGCUACUGGCUAAAACCCAAUAUGAAAAUGUACAACAAAGGGAGGUACUCCAACAGCAACUUCAAACCUGUGAAGAAGAGGUUAAACAAUUAAACGAAGAGAUACAAGCAAGAAAUGAGCAGCUUGUUAUUCUUAAGAAUGACAGCUCACAACAUGCUGAAUCGCUGGAGCAAGAAAUCACAGGUAUGAAAGGCCAAAUCGAAAUUCUCAAAGACUCUCUAAGAAUGACUGAGGAACAAGUUCAGGCUCAGAAGGUUAUGCUUACAAAGCAGGAGCAGCAAAGUGCUCAUCAGACAGAGGUCCUGCAGCAACAAGUGUCUGCUUCUGAGGAGAGGGUAAGGAGCAUGAAGGAGGAGAUCCAAACUAAAGAGGAACACAUGAACAUAUUGGAAAAUCAAAGUUCCGAGCAGUCAGAACUACUACAUCAAGAGAUCUUAACUUUACAGACACAGAUUGAAAGUCUUUGUUCCUCGCUGAAGGAUGCUGAAGGGAGUUUGCAGUCCAAGGAAAAUGUGUUUGCUGAACAACAAUUAAAGAGCACUCAGGAUAUGGAGGCACUCAACUCACGGUUGGCAGCAUCUCAAGAUCAGAUCAAGACUCUAAAUGCAGAGAUUCAUGCUAAGGAGGAGCAAUUCACACUGCUAAAUAACGAGACAUCCGCACAAUCUCAAUUGCUACAGCAAGAAAUUGAAAUUCUGUCUAAACAAAUAAAUACUUUGAGCAAUUCUCUUGAUAUCGCCAAGGACCAGGCUCAUGUUAAAGAAGAUGUCACUGCCAAACAGCAGCAGCAGAGCUCUUUGCAGAUUGAGGCACUUGGAAAGCAAAGAGCCGUUCUUGAGGAGGAGGUCAAUUGGCUUAGGGAGGAGACAAAAACUAAAGAAAGCAAGUUGGAACUGUUAAAGGUUGAGAACGGCAAGGAGUCAGAAAUGCUGCAGAACGAAAUCCAAACUCUUAAGGUCCAAGUCCAAAGGUUGAACGAAUCCCUAAAGACUACAGUAGAGCAGGCUCAGGCUAAAGAAAACCUUCUGACUCUGAAAGAAAUGGAGAUUUCUCAGGAAAAUGAUACAUUUCAAGACAUGAUGACAAACUCUGCAAAGGAGAUACAAGGUCUUUGGGAGCAGAUCCAGGCUAAAGAGGAACAUAUGGUCAAGCUAGAGCAAGACGGCUCCAUACAGUCAGACAUGCUACAGCAGGAGAUCAAAUGUCUCAAAACACAACUCUCUGAUAUGGGUGACUCUCUCACAAAAGCUGAAGAAAAGGUUCAGACUCAGCUAGUCAUGCUCACCAAGCAGGAGCAGGAGAGCGCUGAUCAGAAGGAGCUUCUGCAGCAUCAACUAUCGGCUUCUGAGGAAGAGUUGAGGAAGAUGAAGGAGGAGAUCCAAGCAACCGAGGAACAGAUGAUACUUCUUAAUGCUGAUAACUUGGAGCAAACAGACUUGCGACAUCAAGAAAUCCAAGAUCUAAAGGAACAUGUUGAGAGUCUUGGUUCCUCGCUGAAGAAUGCAGAGGACAAUUUGCAGUCCAAGGAAAAUCUGUUAGCCGAACAACAACUACAGAACACUCAGAAUAUGGAGGCACUCGAGGCGCAAAUGGUAGCAUCUCGAGAUGAGGUAAAGAUGCUAAAUGCAGAGAUUCGUGCUAAAGAGGAGCAAUUCAUUCUUCUAAGUACAGAGACAUCUAAACAAUCUCAAUUGCUACAGCAAGACAUUGAAAGUCUAAACAAACAAAUAAAUACGAUGAGCAAUUCUCUUGAGAACGCCAAGGACCAGGUUCAAUCCAAAGAUGAGUUGUUGGCUGAGCAGAAGCAGCAGAGCACUUUGCAGAUUGAGACACUUGGAAAGACCAGAGCAGUUCUUGAGGAGGAGGUUAAUCAGCUGAGAGAGCAGAUUCAAAUUAAGGAAGGCCAGGUAGACCUGUUAAUGGUUGAAAACGGCAAGGAGUCAGAGGUGCUGCAGAGCGAGAUCAAAUGUCUUGGGGACCAAGUCCAAAGUUUGAAUGAAUCCCUGAGGACUACAGUUGAGCAGGUUCAGGCUAAAGAAAACCUUCUGACUCAGAAGGAAAUUGAGAUUUCUCAGGAGAGAGAUAACAUCCAAAAAUGGAAUACGACAUCUGAAGAGGAGUUACAAGUACUGAAGGAUCAGAUCAAGGCAAAAGGGGAACAGCUGGUCACACUGGAAAAUGAGGGAUCCAUACAGUCGGACAUGCUACAGCAGGAGAUCAAAGAUUUAAAAACACAACUUACUGAUAUGGGUGACUCUCUCACAGAAGCUCAGGAGAAGGUUCAGACUCAGCUAGUCAUGCUCACCAAGCAGGAGCAGGAGAGCGCUGAUCAGAAGGAGCUUCUGCAGCAUCAACUAUCGGCUUCUGAGGAAGAGGUGAGGAAGAUGAAGGAGGAGAUCCAAGCAACCGAGGAACAGAUGAUACUUCUUAAUGCUGAUAACUUGGAGCAAACAGACUUGCGACAUCAAGAAAUCCAAGAUCUAAAGAAACAUGUUGAGAGUCUUGGUUCCUCGCUGAAGAAUGCAGAGGACAAUUUGCAGUCCAAGGAAAAUCUGUUAGCCGAACAACAACUACAGAACACUCAGAAUAUGGAGGCACUCGAGGCGCAAAUGGUAGCAUCUCGAGAUGAGGUAAAGACGCUAAAUACAGAGAUUCGUGCUAAAGAGGAGCAAUUCAUUCUUCUAAGUACAGAGACAUCUAAACAAUCUCAAUUGCUACAGCAAGACAUUGAAAGUCUAAACAAACAAAUAAAUACGAUGAGCAAUUCUCUUGAGAACGCCAAGGACCAGGUUCAAUCCAAAGAUGAGUUGUUGGCUGAGCAGAAGCAGCAGAGCACUUUGCAGAUUGAGACACUUGGAAAGACCAGAGCAGUUCUUGAGGAGGAGGUUAAUCAGCUGAGAGAGCAGAUUCAAAUUAAGGAAGGCCAGGUAGACCUGUUAAAGGUUGAAAACGGCAAGGAGUCAGAGGUGCUGCAGAGCGAGAUCAAAUGUCUUGGGGACCAAGUCCAAAGUUUGAAUGAAUCCCUGAGGACUACAGUUGAGCAGGUUCAGGCUAAAGAAAACCUUCUGACUCAGAAGGAAAUUGAGAUUUCUCAGGAGAGAGAUAACAUCCAAAAAUGGAAUACGACAUCUGAAGAGGAGUUACAAGUACUGAAGGAUCAGAUCAAGGCAAAAGGGGAACAGCUGGUCACACUGGAAAAUGAGGGAUCCAUACAGUCGGACAUGCUACAGCAGGAGAUCAAAGAUUUAAAAACACAACUUACUGAUAUGGGUGACUCUCUCACAGAAGCUCAGGAGAAGGUUCAGACUCAGCUAGUCAUGCUCACCAAGCAGGAGCAGGAGAGCGCUGAUCAGAAGGAGCUUCUGCAGCAUCAACUAUCGGCUUCUGAGGAAGAGGUGACGAAGAUGAAGGAGGAGAUCCAAGCAACCGAGGAACAGAUGAUACUUCUUAAUGCUGAUAACUUGGAGCAAACAGACUUGCGACAUCAAGAAAUCCAAGAUCUAAAGAAACAUGUUGAGAGUCUUGGUUCCUCGCUGAAGAAUGCAGAGGACAAUUUGCAGUCCAGGGAAAAUCUGUUAGCCGAACAACAACUACAGAACACUCAGAAUAUGGAGGCACUCGAGGCGCAAAUGGUAGCAUCUCGAGAUGAGGUAAAUACGCUAAAUACAGAGAUUCGUGCUAAAGAGGAGCAAUUCAUUCUUCUAAGUACAGAGACAUCUAAACAAUCUCAAUUGCUACAGCAAGACAUUGAAAGUCUAAACAAACAAAUAAAUACGAUGAGCAAUUCUCUUGAGAACGCCAAAGACCAGGUUCAAUCCAAAGAUGAGUUGUUGGCUGAGCAGAAGCAGCAGAGCACUUUGCAGAUUGAGACACUUGGAAAGACCAGAGCAGUUCUUGAGGAGGAGGUUAAUCAGCUGAGAGAGCAGAUUCAAAUUAAGGAAGGCCAGGUAGACCUGUUAAAGGUUGAAAACGGCAAGGAGUCAGAGGUGCUGCAGAGCGAGAUCAAAUGUCUUAGGGACCAAGUCCAAAGUUUGAAUGAAUCCCUGAGGACUACAGUUGAGCAGGUUCAGGCUAAAGAAAACCUUCUGACUCAGAAGGAAAUUGAGAUUUCUCAGGAGAGAGAUAACAUCCAAAAAUUGAAUACGACAUCUGAAGAGGAGUUACAAGUACUGAAGGAUCAGAUCAAGGCAAAAGGGGAACAGCUGGUCACACUGGAAAAUGAGGGAUCCAUACAGUCGGACAUGCUACAGCAGGAGAUCAAAGAUUUAAAAACACAACUUACUGAUAUGGGUGACUCUCUCACAGAAGCUCAGGAGAAGGUUCAGACUCAGCUAGUCAUGCUCACCAAGCAGGAGCAGGAGAGCGCUGAUCAGAAGGAGCUUCUGCAGCAUCAACUAUCGGCUUCUGAGGAAGAGGUGACGAAGAUGAAGGAGGAGAUCCAAGCAACCGAGGAACAGAUGAUAUUUCUAAAAAGUGACGGCUCAGCGCAGUCCGAUUCGCUACAUCAAGAGAUCACAAUCCUAAAAAUGCAAGUUGAGACUCUUGGCUCCUCGCUGAGGAAGGCUGGGGAAGAUGUGCAAUCAAAGGAAGAUCUGUUGGCUCAAAAAAAGCAAGAAAAUAUUCAACAGGGGGAGACUCUCCAAAGCCUACAGGAGAAAGUCAAACAAGUGGAGAUUCUACAAGAACAGAUUUCCUCCCGCGAAGAUGAGAUUCAAAAAUUUAAAGAAUCUCAGAGUGAGAAAGAGAGCCAUAUCCUCAAGGCUGAGGAGAAGCUUCAGAUCCUCCAGACAGAGUUGUCUGCAUUCAACCAACUCUUGACGGACAAAGACCAACAUCUGAACAGUCUUAGAGAGGAGGUCACUGCCCAAGCUCAUUUGAUUCAAACAACAAAAGAGGAAGCUGAAGCCAAAGAGAAAAUGCUGGCCGAUAUAAAGGAGGAGUGUUCCAACCAGACAGAUGACCUUCAACAUGAGAUACAGGUUCUGAAAGAGAAAGUUGAAACCACAUCUCAGAGUCUUCUUGAUAAAGAGCAGAUGUUACUUGAAGCUCAGCAGGAGUCUUCUGAGCAGAUGGGGCUCCUUCAGCAGCAGCUGGCGUCAGUAAAUGCAGAGCUGGACCAAUGCAAAGACACACAAGCUGUAGAAAUCUGCGUGAAAGAGGCUGAACAGGCUGCCACUUUCAGAGAGAAGGAGACUCUGGUUCAGGAAAAAGAAGUACUCAUGGCCAGGAUACUGCAGACGGAAAACAAUCAGAAGGCUCUGGAGAAACAACAUGAAGCUGUGGUGUUUGAGAAGGAUAGACUCGCUCAAGCCAAGCAGGCCAUGGAGAGAGACAACAAGGCCUCUCAUAAACUGGAGUCUUUGCUACAGCAUGAGAUGGAGAUAUUGAAAAAGGAGAUACUCUUGAAAGAGAAGGAAAAAGCAGACGAAAUCCAAACACUAAAGAAAGGCCUACAAGAACAGCUGUCGGCUAAAUCUGAGGCUGCAGAACACUACAAAGCACAGAUGGAGAAGGCCAUGAGCCAUUACAAUGGCAAAAAGCAGCUUCUCCAGGAAAGCCAAGAGGAGGCGAUUGAACUCAAGCAAUCCUUGGAGGUGAAAGAGUGUGAAAUAAAUGCUUCUACCAUGGAAAGCAAGCUGCUUCAACUUGAUUUGGAUAAGGCCCAAACCAACGAGAAAGCACUUUUGAACAGGGUGGCCAGUUUAGAGGCACAGCUGGCGUUUGCUGACCGUAACCUGCGUGCACAGAACAAGUUUCAUGGUAAUGAAGGAAGCUCGCAGAUGUCCCUUUACAUGGAGGUUGCCGAUGCACACUCGAGUGUAAACACUAAAGCAAAGGAGAAGAAAGCCAUAAGCUCUGACAGCCUGGACCACAGCUCCCUGGAAGACUCUCUAAACAAUACAAGAAAACUUUUAGUGCCUGAUGAAUCAAGCACACCGCUCGUUCGCAGUUCAGAGCGCUUGGCAGCCAAACACAGAGGUCUACAGGCGGAGUCUCUGGAGACCCUGUACUUUACACCUAUAAACAGCAGACAGAUCAACAGGAUCAAUGCAGAGCACACACACGAGGUGGAUUCAACAAGGAAAAAUCCAACUUCCUCUGUGAAGCGACGAAGGACCACACAGGUUAUUAACAUCACCCUGACCAAGAAAACCCCAGGCGGCGGUGAGCAUGAUGACACUUUCUACAGUCUGGCUUCGGCUCGCUCCCAUCCAAACCUCUCCAGUGCCCACUCUGAACCCCCCGUAUGUAUGGAGCUGUUCGACACACCUGCCAGAUUGACCGGCGCUGCCAGCGACCAGCUCAUCGGUCUUCCAGGCUACAGGCGGAGCACCAUGCAUUCACAGCCUGCCAGUACAUUCUGUGCGGGGGCGGAGAACGAGCCUGACGGUGGACCUGAUGAUUGGAUGAGGAUUGCCGAGCUCCAGGCCAGGAACAUGGCCGUCCUUCCUCAUCUGAAGAGCAGCUACCCCGUGGAGUCUGACCCAUGCCGUGGCGCGACAUUCCUCUUCACAGACGAAGAGCUCCGUACGGGCGACCCGUCUGACACCAUCCGCCGGGUGUCCACCAUGCCGGGCCAGCUGAAAGAUUCUCUCGCCUCCCAUCGGCACUCUCUCAUGGUGGGACACUCGGCUGCCGCUGCCAAUACUCGUUCUCACCGUCUGUCCUUGAUGCCCGAGCUGCCAUCAAAAACCGUCAGCUCCUCUCAGCUGAGAAGCCCGAAAGGCACCAAGCGUUCUUCAUCUACGCUGUCCGUACACCAAACUUCGCCCGAGAAAAAGGUGAGGGCCAGCUGUUUCCCCCGACCACUCACUCCCAAAGCCAAGAACGUGAUGAGUGAGCCUUUCAACUCUCGGAUUCGAACCGCCCUCAGUCCAGUUGAUCGGAGGCAGUCAACGAUGUUCAGUAUUGACAACACCCCUCAAAAAAACAACUUUCUUACGAAAAACAUAAAGAAACUACGCAGCUCCACUCGGAAAUCCCCAGGAAAAACUUCAAAGAAGUCGCCUGCUCAGAAGUCUGUGCGUAAAUGCCAGGAAAAUAACCCUGCGGCAGAUUCCCGUGCUGGAGUGGCACGGACAGGACAAACUGGCAGCUCUAAAUCCCCUCAGGUUGCCACUAAAGGACAGAAAGCCACCAGCAGGUCUGCAAAGUCUCCUGGUCUAGCUAGUGCUCGCAAGAUGAUGAGCAGGAUGAAGGUUUGAGGACUGGUUCCCAGUGAUGAUCGUCUACGGUUCUUCUUAAAUCAUAUAUUUUUUUUCCUGCAAUCUGCAAUUCCUGCAAUAUAAUGUUGUCCUUCAGCAAUUUUUUUUAAUCUUUUCUUAAAUUUCUUUUAAUUUAAUCUGUAUUAUAUUUACAUGUUUUUCAAUAAAAGUUAUAAAUGACACUA